UUAGUCGUAAUGAUGAGAUGUUCUCGGCUUUAAAUCUAUUUUUUCAGAUUUGUGGGGACCGCUCCCCAUUGACAUCUUUCAAAGGAUACCGCGCAGAGAAAUUUGUGGGUUAAAUCUGAGCCCAUCUUUUCUACCCGUGUGAAGAAAUUUCGUCUACUUCAAUCUCUUUGCCUCGUCUUACACCUUUUCUACCCCUGCGUGGAGAAAUUUCCUCUACUUAAAUCUUUUUGCCUCCUGUCGAACAUCAUUUAUUUCUAUUAAUCAAAUCUCUUUCGCCCCGUCUUCCAUCCUUCCUACCCCUGCGUUCGAUUCACUCCAAUGGCAAGCACAGAUGAGAUUACCAAUUCUCCCGAGGCAAAAAUUAUGGCAUCGUCUUCAACUCCAACAAAGAGCGUGCGGUACGAUGUAUUCAUAAACCAUUGUGGCCCUGACACCAAGCAAACCCUAGCCGCCUCAAUCUACCGUGCCCUCAAACUCAUGGGACUUGAAGUUUUCUUAGAUGAACCAGUAGAUGAACCAGAGCUCGAUGUUGGCGAUUCCAUAUCGUCUCAAAUACAAUACGCCAUCACUACUUCUUUCCUUCAUAUUGCUAUCUUUUCACCCAGAUAUGCAGAAUCCCCUUGGAUUCUGGAAGAAUUGUCUCUUAUGCUCAAAACUGACCAGACAAUCAUUCCUGUGUUUUAUAAUGUUGAACCCAGUGAUAUGCAUUGGAUUUGUAAAGGAAAAGGAGUCUAUGCUGAAGCAUUUUUAAAGCUUGAAGCCAAGAAGAGAUAUACUUCACAAAAGCUUGAGGAUUGGAAGUCGGCGCUACAAAAGGUUUCAUAUCUUAAAGGCCACAUUGUCAACAGUCACGAUGAUCAAGAAGUGUUGAAGAUUAUUGCAAAUCUUGUUCUAAAGAAGAUUAAAAAGACUUCAUUUGUGGUGGCCAAACAUCCUGUGGGUCUUGAUAAAACCUUACGAGCCUUUGAAAGAUCUGUGUUGGAAUCUUCUAAAAAUGUAAAAAUUGUGGGAAUCACAGGUAUGAGUGGGUGUGGAAAAACUACAUUGGCAAAAGAAUACUACAACAAGAUGAUACAGUCCUUCUAUAGAUGUAGUUUUGUUUGUGAUGUGCGAAAUACACCAACUAAAUAUAUGUAUGAAAAGCAGAAAAAAAUGUUCCAAGACCUUGGUGGCUCAAAAGAUAUAUUAUUUAAUAGUAUAGAAGAAGGAAAAGCAAUCUUAUCCGAAUAUUUGAGUCAUGUUCAAGUAUUUAUUAUCUUGGACAAUGUAGAUCAUCAAGAUCAAUUAGAAUCUCUCGUGCCAACAAAAAACAGUCUUAUAAAAGAUAGUGUUGUUGUGGUUACAAGUCGAGAUCCUGGUGUUCUUAUAUCAUGGGGAAUCCCUUCUAUUUCUAUUUAUAAGAUGAAAGAUUUAAAUCCUCAACAUGCUACGGAACUAUUUUGUUGGCAUGCUUUUGAACAACCCUCUCCAAUAUAUGAAUUUGAAUAUCUUGUUAAAGAGUUUCUAAUAGUCUGCAAGGGAUUGCCAUUAUCCCUUAAGGUUUUAGGAGAGCUUGUGCGUGGAAAGUCCAAGGAAUAUUGGAAUGGUCAAUUAGAGAAGUUCUCCAGAUCAUUGCACCAAGACAUUAAAACCAUACUUAUGGUGAACUUUGAUGCACUAGAUGAUGAAGAAGAGAAGGAGAUAUUUUUAGAUAUAUCCUGUUUCUUCAUAGGAACAGAAAAGGAUUCGGCCAUCACAGUGUGGGAGGAGUCCGGAUGGAGUGGGGCGGGUAGUUUGGGAACACUCAUGGAUAAGUCUCUGGUUGAGGUGGAUGAGAAAAACUGCUUAAGAAUGCAUGAUCUGUUGAGAGAUUUGGGAAGGGACAUUUCAAAGACAAGGUCACCGUACCGCCUUUGGUCACCGAAGCAAAUUACCCAUAUUCAGCAACAGGGAAAGGGAAACGUUCUGAUUCGGGGAAUUAAAGCCCGAACAGAUGAAUUUUAUGAAGAGUUUGUGGAGCUUGUCAGAGAAUCAGGUAGAGGAAUCAAGCGGAAGUGGGGCUUAAAAAUCCUGGACGUUGAAAAGAAUUAUUUUACAGAAGAAUUAGCAACACUAUCAGAAGGCCUUGUCUCGCUGCGAUGGGCCAAGUUUCCACAUCGAGCUAUUCCGUCAUGGAUUUCGUUGAAGAAGUUGAGAGUUUUAGAGCUUUGUGAUGCUUCUAAAUUAGAAGAACCGUGGAAUGAGAUUGCUGAUCCUCCUGUGCAGUUGAGAGUGCUUAAUAUCAUUCAUGCCAGAAAUUUCCAGAGAUUUCCCAGGUCAAUAGGAUUUCUAAAACAUUUACAAAAGAUAUCCUUUGACGGCAAAGGAGCUCCUAUUGAAGGUCUACCAGAUGAGUUUUGCUCUCUCCAAUCGCUGCAGUGCCUCGAGUUAGUUGGAUGUCCUAAGCUAAAAUUGUUACCUAGCAACAUCGGCGAUUUGACAAAUCUGGAGCAUCUAAGAUUGAAAGAAUGCAAGGGGAUCGAAGGUCUUCCGGAAGAGUUUGGCCGCCUCAAAUCGCUGGACUACCUCGUGUUAGAUGGAUGUGAUCAGCUAAAAUCGCUGCCUAGCAAGAUCGGCGAUUUGACAAAUCUGCGGCAUCUAGAGUUGAGUGGAUGCGGGAUCGAAGAUUUACCGAAAGAGUUUGGCCGCCUCCAAUCACUGCACUUCCUCAAGAUAAGUGAAUGUCAUGAGCUAAAAUCGCUGUCGAGCAAGUUCGGCGAUUUGGCAAAACUAAAGGAACUAGAAUUAUUGGAAUGCAGGAAGUUGAUGAUACCGUCGGAAGCACUUGUGCAGCUUACUAGCCUUUACCGUCUUUAUAUUGCCGCUUGCCCUGGGCUCACAGAAUUUGUAACUCAGCCGGAGUGCCUUUCUUCUUUAUUCUGCAGCCUCGAAAAUCAGGAUUUAACGAUAAUUAUGACUUAGUAUAGAUAGAUAGCUUGCAAAGUCUAUCGAUGUACAAAUUCUGGUCUGGUCAACUUUGAAAAUUGCAGUUCAACUUGUGGUGUGAGAGUAUGAGGAGGGUGAACAUCACAGCAGCAUGUCACAUAUCUGCAUUUGAAGCUUGCCUUCAAACUUUAAAUAGAGAAUAAUAAUUGUCUUAAGAUAAUUGGGCUUAUUACUAUGUAAUAUAACUGUUUAUUGAUUGAUUAUUAGCGAUGAAUGAGGGAAAUAGAGUUGUGGAUGCUUUUUCAUGAA